GCUCACCAGAAGAGGACCGAGCAGAGAGUGAGGUGCAAACAGAGGAGUUGGCUGGAGAUGAUAGCUCACCAGAAGAGGACCUAGCAGAGAGUGAGAUGCAAGCAGUGGAAACAGCUGGAGAUGAUAGCUCACCAGAGAAGGACCUAGCAGAGAGUGAGAUGCAAGCAGUGGAAACAGCUGGAGAUGAUAGCUCACCAGAGAAGGACCUAGCAGAGAGUGAGGGGCAAACAGGGGAGUUGGCUGGAGAUGAUAGCUCACCAGAAGAGGACCUAGCAGAGAAUGAGGUGCAAGCAGUGGAAACAGCUGGAGAUGAUAGCUCACCAGAGGAGGACCUAUCAGAGAGUGAAGUGCAAACGGGGGAGUUGGCUGGAGAUGAUAGCUCACCAGAAGAGGACCUAGCAGAGAGUGAGGGGCAAACAGGGGAGUUGGCUGGAGAUGAUAGCUCACCAGAGGAGGACCUAUCAGAGAGUGAGGUGCAAACGGGGGAGUUGGCUGGAGAUGAUAGCUCACCAGAAGAGGACCUAGCAGAGAGUGAGGGGCAAACAGGGGAGUUGGCUGGAGAUGAUAGCUCACCAGAAGAGGACCUAUCAGAGGGUGAGGGGCAAACAGGGGAGUUGGCUGGAGAUGAAAGCUCACCAGAGGAGGACCUAUCAGAGACAGUGGAGUUGGCUGGAGAUGAUAGCUCACCAGAGGAGGACAUAUCAGAGACGGAGGUGCAAGCAGUGGAAACAGCUGGAGAUGAUAGCUCACCAGAGGAGAACUUAGCUGCCAAAGAUGUUCAGGACGGGAGCCCAGAGAUGAACAACAGCGAAGGGAUUGAUGACAAUCUAACCAGCGAGACUGGUAGUGAAGACAACUCUGAUGUUUUGGACGUGACAGAAGAUUCUCGCAACAUCGAGGAAACUGAUCAACAAAUUCAAGAAGCUGCGCCCUUUACUGAAGCACCAUCUACUAACCAACCUGACGACUCCACCGCCUCAAAGGGUAAAGAUUACACACUAUUGUGA